GAGCUCAAGCGCCAGUUCCUGUUCUGCGCUGUGCGCACGUCGACUACUCCAACAGGAUCUGGAUCCUGCGCUCUUCCACGCAGCUACACCGAGAAGGCGGGUCAAGACACAACAAAAAUAUACAUAUAACCGGAGAAUCUCCAUCGGGAUAUUGUCCAGCCUAUUUGGGGCAGCUUUUUGGCGCAUUCCAUUACAUCUGUCCAGCGCAGGGUCCAUUGUUUUUGCGUCAAGGCGCCGAUUUCCCCCUGUUGUUCUGACCGUCUGCUCUCCUCUCCGCUGGCUUCCCUUGACUACUCGACGAUUUCAUUUUGUAAAGUCGUUAACCCUUAAAAAAAGAUAAAGAAGAAACCGUCUUCUUCUUCAGCCUCGGAUGGGCUGCCUGCUACUCUGAGCGCAUCUCAUCUGCGCUCUCAAAGUUUCUCACCGGUGUACCUCGCGUCGGGAUUGUAUCCAGAGAAGCCAAUGCGUGCGGGGGGUUCGGAGUCCAGUUUUCCAUUCAUCCUUUCAUUUGUGUUCACGUCGGAGCUGCCACAAAACCUCAGGAAACUGUCUGUGACAUGAGUUUUUAUGCCGUUUCACCUCCCGAGACCCACGGAGAUUCAGCUGGAACAUGGAAAAUACUGAGUUAAACUUUGUCUGCUGCUCCAAACGCUGGUCCACCGGGGACGUUGAGGUGAUGCAGGACCCCUUGUCAUCCCAGUGGAGGAGUCAACUAAUGAAGAGUGUCUUUGUCUGCUGAACGCCCUCCCUCCCCCCACCCCACACAAACAUCCCCCAACCCCCACCCCCUCCAUCUCUGAUGGCUCUAUGGGGCGUCAUCAGCCUCAGCCUUCACUGCUGGGUGUGUUUACGGUCUGGUGCCGCAACAACAGCAGUAGCAGCCGGCCUUCCUAAUGACAAACCUGGGGGACCUCUGGAUUGGCUCCUGUCAGAUAAGGGGCCCUUCCACCACUCUCCAGAGUACAUCGAUUUUGUGGAGAAGAACCGGCAAGGCUUCUCAACCAGAUACAAGAUAUAUAGGGAGUUUGGAAGAUGGAAGGUAAACAAUUUAGCAGUGGAAAGAAGAGAUUUCUUGGAGUCCCAGUUACCACUGACACCAGAGUUUGUCAGGAAUAUUCGACUUCUCGGCCGCAGGCCAACAACCCAGAUGAUCACUGACAAUCUGAUCAAGAAGUAUGGAACCCACUUCCUGUUGUCAGCUACAUUGGGAGGAGAAGAAGCCUUAACAAUAUUUGUCGACAAGCGGAAGCUGAGUAAAAAAGCUCCAGAGGUGAGUGAUUACUCAGGCAACUCCUCCGCCGUGACCCUGGAAGCUCUGCACCAGCUGGCUGCAUCCUACUUCAUCGACAGGGAAAGCACUCUGCGCAAGCUGCACCACAUCCAGAUUGCCUCCACUGCCAUCAAGGUGACGGAGACCAGAACGGGUCCUCUUGGGUGUAGUAACUAUGACAACCUGGACUCUGUAAGCUCCGUUUUGGUUCAGAGCCCGGAAAACAAAAUCCAGCUGCAAGGCCUGCAAGUCAUUCUACCAGACUACUUGAGAGAGAGUUUUGUGCUGGCUGCUCUGAGCUAUAUAACCUGCAAUGGGGAGGGUGAGUUUGUGUGCAAAGAAAAUGACUGCUGGUGCAACUGUGACCCCAAAUUUCCGGAGUGCAACUGCCCCUAUAUGGACAUUCAAGCUAUGGAGGAGAGCCUGGAAAGGAUCACAGAGACGUGGGGGAUCCUUUACAAAGAGUUUGAGGAAUCAGAUGAAUUCAAGGCUUUUUAUACAAGGCUUCCCCAGAACUACUACCUGAACAUGUCAACUAUACAGCACUUGUGGUCCACGGACAGCUCCUUUCAGUGGCGGUAUGAACAGCUGGAGAACAGCGUGCGCGUUUUAACCAAGCGAGCCCAGAGAGUCAUCUUCAAGCUUUUCAGUCUCAGCAAAAGAUGUCACCGACAGCCACAAGUUCGCAUGCCAAGAGAGCGGUCUCGGUCCUAUUGGCUCGGUCAUUUCCAGUCUCUCCUAUACUGCUCAGAGAACAAUCAACUCGGCACGUUUUCAGAGGAGCUCCGCAGCUGCAGCUGUCGAUAUGAACACAUCCCCUGUCAGAUGCCUUCACCCUGCGUGGUUGGGGAAGGUUCCGGCUGUGCAUCAUGCACACCAGACAACCUCACCCGCUGUGGGAGCUGCAACCCAGGCUUUGCCCUGGUGCAAGGGGUCUGCAGGCCUUUGGUGGCAGACUCCACAGAGAACUACUUAGGGUUUGAGAUGGACCUCCAGGAUUUGGAGCUGGGCUACCUACUCCAAAGAGCAGACAGACGGCUGGAGGUUCAUGCAAUUUUCAUCAGCAAUGACAUGCGUCUCAACAGCUGGUUUGAUCCAUCAUGGAGAAAGAGGAUGCUGCUUACACUGAAGAGCAACAAGUACAAGUCCAACAUGGUCCACAUGUUGCUGGGAAUAUCCCUCCAGAUCUGCCUUACAAAAAAUAGCACCCUGGAGCCCGCUCUCACUCUUUACAUCAACCCAUUUGGUGGAAGCCACUCAGAGAGUUGGUACAUCCCUGUAAAUGAGAACAGCUUUCCAGACUGGCAGGCCACUAAACUGGACCUACCUUUUGAAUGUUAUAAUUGGUCUCUGACAUUGGGCAACAAGUGGAAGACUUUCUUUGAAACCAUUCACAUCUACCUUCGUAGCAGGAUAAAGACCCACAGUGGGGGAAACGAUAGCGUUUACUAUGAACCCAUUGAAAUAACCGACCCUGCUCAGAGUUUGGGCUACAUGAAAAUCAACAGCAUCCAGGUUUUUGGCUAUAGCAUGCACUUUGACCCAGAAGCAAUCCGUGACUUGAUUCUUCAGCUGGACUAUCCUUACACCCAGGGCUCCCAGGACACGGCCAUUCUUCAGCUCUUGGAAAUACGAGAUCGGGUGAACAGGCUUUCCCCUCCAGGUCAACAAAAGUUGGACCUGUUUGCUUGUCUGCUCCGUCACAGACUCAAACUGACGGCCAGUGAGGUGGUUCGCAUUCAUGCCUCCUUACAGGCCUUCAGCUCACGUCUGCCUAACACGAUGGAUUACGAGACCACUAAAUUGUGCAGUUAACAGCUGCUUGAGAGGAGAGAUUGGUUGUAAAUGGCUGCAAGGAAAACUCCUUGAGAUAAAAAUUGUGGCCUUUGUGGUACAGUUGCUUUUUCAGUCUCCAUGGAUUUGCCAAACUCUGUAAUUAAUCCAGACGAUCAGCUGUGGACAGCUGAAGAAUGUAUUCAAACCGGCGGUUUGUGGAUGCAGUACUAUACAUAGAGACUGGGCUGGACCAGGGAGGAAAUGCACAACUGUUACAAAAAAGAAAAAGAAAAAAAAGGAAGGAGAUUUUAACUUUGAAAACAUCCAUCAAGCCGAAAACCAUACUGUUCCAAAAUGACUCUGCUCAUUUAUACUCUACGCACCAACAGCAGGUGAAUGGACAAUUCCUGGUCAAAAUGGUACAGUCUUUGUUUGUAAUUUUUAUAUGUUUCUUUGCUUUAGUGACAGUGCACUUUCCAUGAAGAACAGAUUAUUGUGGUGUCAGUCAAGUUCUUUUGUAGAUAAAUUGAUAUUAAAACACAUAAUGUUAAAACAGA